CAGUGAAACGCAAAGGCUCACUUUCCAUAUAAGGCGAACGGCUGAUUCUGGCGCCGGGGCUUCAUUCAUGCUAAGGCGCCCAAUCACAGCGCCGCAUUUCAGUUAGUGUCGGGCGCAAAAGCUACUAUGCUCCGCCCCUCCAUCACGUGACCCUGCCCUCACGUGGCCUCAGUCACGUGGUGUUUCCACUUCUUGGCGCAUGGCGGCGCUAGUCUCGCAGGGGCGGUGGUAGCUUGCUCCCCCGCCGUCCGGGGGUGAUGGGUAGCAACUGCUGGUGACUGUACCUACUAAGCUGGUUCCCAAACAUCAAAAGCCAUAAUACGAUUUUAUCUCUUUAUUUCAACUUUUAUUCAACUUUAUUUUAGCUUUGGUAACUGGUCAUGUAACCAUGAAUAAGCAUGUGCGAUUUGCGAUUAGUUGUAAUUUCUGUUGCGUUUUCCGCAGAUCGGUGAUCCUCCAGGCGAUGAACGACCGUCAGAGGGACCAGUGGCUGGCCGCCAUCGGACACAUCGUCAAAACCGGCGGAUACGUGCGCCGCCCGUCCGGCUCGGAGAAAAUCGGCUCGCCCGGCGCCGGUUCGAUCCUCUCCGGGGUCAGCCAGUUUUUCGCCGAUAAGCUGCAGCACCAUACCACAGAUGGCAGCCGGUCUCGCGGCGCCGACACCCCCGACUCUCUGAGCGCCGACGCUCCGAUCGUGUUCGAGCUGCCCUGGUCGCCCGACGAGCAGGCGGCCGCCGACGUGGCCGACGCGCCGCCCUUUGCCGGCCAGACGUUCGACGCCCGCUUCCUGGGCUCGAUGGAGGUACAGGCCGACCGCGGGCACCGUCUUGUCUCAGAGGUAAUCCGUCAGAUCCAGACCGCUCGCGCCCAGCACCGACUGGCGGACGCGGCUCGCUGUCGACUGGAGGUGGGUCUAAACGAGCUUCGUGUCACCGAACCGGGUGAGACAGGCCGGCUGCGAGCGCUGUACCCAUUCCACCACAUCUCGUUCUGGGCGCCGCACCUGGAGAACGACCGCCUGUUGGGCAUGAUCACCCUGACUCCCGGCCAGGCGCUGUUCUGUCACGUGUUUGAGACAGAAGUGGCGGGUCAGCAGGUUUGCUCUGCCCUGACUCACGCCACCACAGCUGCCUACCGGCGCCAUCGCGAGGCCGAUCUGCUUCUGCAGAACGUGCGCCGUGAGGAGGAACCCCAGCUGACCGCCGACGGAGCGGCUCUGAUCCUGCCGCCGGCCGGUCCUGAGGAAACCCCGCCGGAGGUGGAGGAGGGAGAGAAGGAGACAGAAGGAGAGGAGAAGAAGGGGAAGGAGACGGAGGAGAUAAAGAAACCGGCCGAGUCGGAGGCCUGAUGGAGGCGGAGACGGGGUGGGAGAAGAUGGUGGAGACUGAGACACUGAGACAGGUAGACGAAGAGAAUUUUAAAUAACGGGCUGCGUGAGGCAGGAGCCUGCUGGGAAGAGUUAGAGGGUGUUGGUUUCCGGAGUUCAUUGAGAGUGGCUAGGAAGGGAGCAUUAGUGAUGGACUAGUAAGCUGGUAAUCGUAAGAAGUCAGAGAGAUGCAGUAUUUUGCGAUGAGGGGAGGAGAAUUACCCUCCAACUCGGAGGAUGUGACGCUUGUCACAGUAUUUGAGUUCAACUCUUGCUGAAGUCAAUGCCUCUGAAGCGGAUUCCGCGCUUCUUGCUACGCUUCUUAUUCCGCGCUUCUUACUUCUUACGAACCUAUCUGAAUAAGCUUUAAAGUCGGUUCUCAUUUCUUUUUUACUUUUCAUAUAUACUAGUUAGCCAUUCUUGCCGAAUGAUGUUUCGUUGGCAUUAUCAGCUUUCCGAAUUAUUUAUAGUUCCCGAGAGCAUCUUGCGAACUUUUCAGUCAGCUUGUGGUGUCACGCUUCAGUUUCAUCUCGUCUUCGUCUAGCGUUUCACUACCGAUCUAGUCACCCAUCCAGGCAACUACGGUUGUGAAUGACAUUCCAGCUUGUUUUGUAUUAUUUGACACGGGAAAUCAGGGUUUUUGGUUGCAUUCGUAUUCUCUUAUAUCUCAAUUUAUGGAAACGUACGUUAGCUUACACCAUGACAGAGGGAGGCAGAAGGAUAGUAAUGCCGAUACACUGCCUUUGUAUUGGGCCCUUCUAACUCUACCUGUGGAUAAACACCUGAAGGUUUAUUUUCCUUGCAUUUAUAUGUGUAUUAGUAUUGGCUUUGUUCAAAAGAGGAGAUUUUAGUCUGGUGAAUGGGUUCAAGCAGCAUCUACAUAUGAAUGUGCGCAGGCUUCAAAGGCGUAUUUAGGUGUGUUGUGAUAUUUAUCAUUCACUGUUUUGCUUCUUUCUCUAUCACCGUUCUAAUAUUCAGUAGAGUACUGGCUGCCGAUGACUCAAUGCACCGUUGUCACGGCGUUGGGUGUCGUUUUGCAACAUGAUCAGUUGCACAGGCUGCAUUGGCACCAGAGCUAUCGGAUCUCCCCGAAACGCUAUCACGGUUCUCGCCUCGCCUUUGCAAUCCGACAUGUGCGGAGAUUCGCAGCGAGUGAAUUAGCACUUGGGACUCAGCUAGAGUUAGAGCUUUUGGGAGAACUAUCACUUUCCCCUGGGCACUGCGGAUAGACUUUUCGCGAUCACUAGCCCGGUACUGUGUUGUAGCAGCAGUGCUUCGCUCUGUUCUAAUAUCGGGAUGUCUAUCUCAUUCAGUGAUGCUUUUGGUCGCACAGAGUGGAUCGGGUGGUUCACGCUAUUGUAUUGUAUGGAUUAUUUGCUGUGUGCUGUGCUGUCAUGGAUUGUGGUGUGUUUAUCUUGACUUCGAGGUGUGAUGGCGCAGGAGUUCGAAAGCCCUGUGUUCUGGUGGCAGUGGGGCUGUUUAUUUCACUCAGUGUGGGGCCUUCGACGCUUAGUGUAGUUAUUUUUAUGAAUGUGGGGCUUUGGCAGCUGAUAAUAAGAGACAUUUUACACUCCAACCACCGCUUAAAAGUUUCAUUUGGUUUAUCCUCAGUGUACCUAAUAAGAGGCACGGCACUCUGGGAGCACAGUGUUCAAUUGUGUGGCAUCUAACUACUCGGUGUGCAGUGCCAUAUACGUAUUAUUAACACGUCAGCCUGUAUACUGACAUCAAUAGGCGGUCCUCUGUAGGACGUGGUUGAACAUUUCAGACCCAGUGAAAGAGGAAAGUCGAUAUAAUUACGCGUUUGGGUUCCUGUCUGGUUACCACUUAUUCAGACUUUCAUGGCAAACUUUAUAAGACGGACACAUUUAUCUGUGAUGGUUAGGUAAACUUUCAGUUGUAGAUGAACUAUCAAUUGUUUGAAUGCUUUUUACAUUGCUGUGACUCUUUUAUCGGAGACGUUGUCUCUAAACUAUUUAUUUUAUCCCUAACCCUAUUCCUGGCGGGGGGGGCCUCAGGAGCCCCCCCCUGAGGUUUUUUGGUUAUUUCUCCCAAACGCGUUGAGCUAGGAAGCUCAAAUUUUCUGACUUUUCCUAAAAGGCUUCUACGCAACAUGUCUGAAAAUUUUGAGUUGAUCUGACCUCAGGUCAGGUCACCAGAGGCGGUUUGGUGACCCUACCUCAGAAAAGUUUGCAAUCACGCCAGAGCUAGAGUUUUUGACCGAUCAAUUUCUUCUCUUCAGGCUUUAGUUAGGGUACCAGUAUGUGCAAUUUGUAUAUCUCGGAAUUUUGAUAUCGGUGACCUAAGGUCAGGUCAGUUUCGCGACCUCCCCAUUAUAAGUCAAUGGGGGAAAAAUCAACUCCCUGUUUUUACCACUAAAACGGGUCGGAAUGGCCCCAUAUACCAUACAUGACUUCAUAUACGAUCAACAUUCACUACCUUGAGGUCUGUUUUGCUGUUGGGCAGCUGUGAGGUCAUGUGACGUCAUCAAAGGUCACCAAAGGUUUUUGGCCAAUAACUCCGUACAGGAACAAGAUACAGACGCGUGGAUGGUCUCAUUGUGUUCAGAUCGUCAAGACGCAUCGAAUGAUAUACAUGAUGACCUCGAGGUCACGUGACCUGAGGUCAACCUUUGACCUUGACCUUUCGAGGUCAACAUAUAUGCCAUUCGAUGCGGAUUGACGAGAGGAUCACGAUGAUGCCCUUAGUUUGUUCCUAUCUUGACUAAUUCGAAAGUUAUUCGAGAAAAACUCUCCAUAUCUAGCGCCGCCAUUUUGACUUUUUCGACCCCUGUGACGUCAUCUUUGACCUGACCUGAAAAUGACCUUAGUAAAAAUUGUAGACCUUGUCCAUGCGUAUCCGAUGCCGUUUACCGCUUGUCGCUAUCUUGCUUCGUUCUCGAGAUCUCAGGGGGGGGGGGCCGAAUCGGCCCCCCCCCGCCAGUUUCUUGUCCCGGCGGAGCCCGCCAGGAAUAGGGUUAAGGUGGGGUUAAGUAGUUUACAGGCCGGUGAGUGGUGAAUAAUGUAGUCAACAUAACGGUAACCUGUGAUUUUGGUGUCCUCAUAUGAACCUUGGUUUUGGGUCGUGCUUUUAUGCUGCUACCAAAUAUCACGUCAAUGUAACACCUGCUUAUGUGACACGUCACCGUCAAUAAAGGGAUACC